ACCAGCAGGCAUGAGGCGUGCAGUGAGUAGCAUGGCAGGAGCGAAUGUAGGCGCUUCUCUGCGCCUGGUCACGGAUAAAAUUAAAGUAGCUGCGGAAUGUAGACCCCAGGCACUACAGACUGCAAAUGUAAGACUAGUUGCUGUUGGGAAAACCAAGCCAAUAGAGCUGAUUCAACAGGCAUAUAACCAUGGACAGAGAAAUUUUGGAGAAAAUUAUGUCCAAGAGUUAUCUGAGAAGGCAGCCAAUCCAGAUGUUGUUGCAAAAUGUCCUGAUAUAAAAUGGCAUUUUAUUGGCCACUUGCAAAGAAAUAAGGUUAAGCAAUUAUCAAGCAUUGCCAAUUUGUAUAUGGUGGAAACAGUCAGCAGUGAGAAAAUUGCGUCAGCGCUAGAUAUGUCCUGGGGACGACUGAAAAGGGAUGACAGACUGAAAGUGAUGGCACAGAUCAAUACUAGUGGCGAGGAUACUAAACAUGGGGCUACACCUGACCAAUCUGUAAAGUUGGUUAGGCAUAUCCUUGAGAAAUGCCCUAACCUACACUUUAUUGGGUUAAUGACUAUUGGAUCUUUCAACCAUGAUUUAUCGUCGGGACCAAAUCCAGAUUUCUUGAUUCUUGUUGAUUGCAAACAACAUGUGUGUAAAGAGCUGCAAUUAAAUCUGGAAGCUGUCGAGCUAAGCAUGGGCAUGUCCAAUGACUUCGAGCAUGCUAUCCAUCUAGGCAGCACAAAUGUGCGAGUCGGAAGCACCAUAUUCGGAGCUAGAGUAUACCCUGCCAUGAAAUCGGGAGAGAAUCGGAAUGCGACGUUGCCCACGUCCGAGCCACAGAGUACGGUAACAACAUAACAGGACACGUGAAGUUGAAGCAUGGUGCACUGGUGAUGGCAGCUCUGCGUCAGGAAGCAUCUGGUAGAGAAUGGUACGGGAUCUGAUGUGGGGCCGAUAGCUACCUCACAGGGUGGAGGUACAUGUUGAUCACAUAUCAAAUCCAGUGCCAUAUAGAAACCAGCCUGUGAUAUAAUUAAGGGAUAAGAUUAGCCUUGCUUUCAGCAGUAUAUUUUAAAUGAGAUUGAGACUUUUAAUGGACAAAGUAUUGAUCCAUGCAUUAGUGUUAGGGCCUAAUAUCAGACUUCUUGCAUUUAUGGAAUUUGUAUUUGGCACGUAGGGUGCAAUCAAAUUAAAUUAUCAGAGGGGGAAAAACUUGAGGACAAUAGUCAUUGCGUAAGACUCUAUUCUCGCCUAAAUAGUGACAGAACUAGCUGUUUAUAGUAAGUUAUAUGACCUGUCCCAGACCUAGGAACAAAUUUGCUCGAAUUAUUCUAUCAAUGGAUUGGGACAAAAGUGUAAGACAGGGACUGGACUGUAGGAGUAAGCUUCAUUUCUGGCACCUCUUUGACCUGAUAGAGUUGUGACCUUUUGACCCUCAGGAAGCAAUAAUGGUUUAUUAUUUCUUGUUCAUGAUAUAUAAAUAGAAAUCAAGUACAAUGGGAUGAAUGGUUUAUUUAGUCUUUUCAGGAAACUGUCUGUUGACACUAACAAAUUUUGUCACAUGUUUAUUGUUUAUAGCUUUAUUGAGAAGAGCUUUGAAUAAAAUUCUUCUUGGUUUGUAAGAAGUAGCCAUCCAGUGAGUCAUGAUGAGCAUAUGAUACUCAAGGUGUGGGCAACCCCCUAUUUGGGUCUUGUAAGAAUAGAAUGUAACAUCUGUGGAGAUUGGAGAAUGAAUCUGUCUUUAAUGUAAACAUGCAGAACUUACGUAUCAAUAUCAGCAUUGAAUAACCUGAAAUAUGUUAUUAUACAUAUGCUAUAUUAGUUUGCAACUGGCUGCUUUGUGGCAAAUAAAUAUAUAAUUGGAUAUAUAUGUGGUUCCCAAAUCAUUAUUCCAAUCAGUUUGGUUUUAUUGCAAGAAUUUGAUUGAUACAAGCAAUUGAUUUUGAUCUAGCAGGUUGGUCUCUUCCUAGUAAACAGGGUUAGGGUAGCAGGGUUAGCCGUUACUUCGUGCAGUCUGGUAGUCUGCAUGUAGCUACCAGGAACCAAGAUGAACUCAACUACUGUAAAUUCCAUAAUUUCCUGACAUUCUGUGGUGUGUGCUAGCAAAAGCAAUAGCAGAAGAAAGAAGGGAGUAGCAGUAUUAGGAACAGCUGUGGCAGCUACAUUUGUUGUAGUAGUUGAAGUGGUAGUAGUGGUAGUAGUAGUAGUAGUUUCUCUAGGAUUGGUUUCACUCGAUGGCACUAGGGAUUGUUUGUAUAAUGUUGCAUAUAUGCAUUUGCACUGUUCAGUAGAAACGACUAAAAAUAUAUGAGGAAAAUAUAGAUGCAAACCGUGGUGCUGCAAAAAAUGAAAAUAACUCCCUAUUUCU